GUCGCCGAGCCCGGCAGCAGUGAUUAGUUAAUUUUCUCGUUGCGCUCAAACAGAACAGACGUGCGGUGCGCGUAGCAGAGUGUAAAAGAAAGUGUACGACAAAACGAAAAGCAAACAAACAACAACAGAAAGAAGCAAGUGGCAAGCAGCAAGCGCAACUAGCAAGUGGCAAGCCAGACAGACAGUCAGAGUCAGUGAAGUGUCCGCGUGCGUGCAACGACAAAUGGCCCUUGAGGAUCGCUGCAGUCCACAAACAGCGACCAGUCCGCCAGGCUAUCCCUACGCCAGCACCAGCACCAGCAGCAGCAGCACCUCAAGCACAAUCAUCAUCACCGCCCUCGACAUGAGUCUGCAGCAUCAUCCACAGCAGAGUCCGCCACCAGCGCCGGUCGCCGCGCUCUACCACCAGCAGCAGCAGCAGCUGCAGCAUCUGCACCAGCUGCAGCAGCUCCAGCAGCUCCACCAGCAGCAGUUGGCCGCCAGUGCCGGUGUCUUCCCCCAUCCGGCGGUGGCCUUCGAGGCGGCAGCAGCCGCCGCCCACGCAGCUGCACUGCAGCAGCGACUCAGCGCCAGCGGCUCGCCCGCGUCCUGCUCCACACCCGCCUCGACCACGCCGCUGACCAUCAAGGAGGAGGAGGGUGACUCCAUCAUGGGCGAUGGCAGCUUCCACAACCGAACGCACACCACCAACGGCACGACCACCGAGGACGAGGAGGAUGACGACAUCGAUGUGGAUGUGGACGACACCGCCGCCGGUCGCCUGCCCCCGCCGGCCCAUCAGCAGUCCACGGCCAAGCCCUCGCUGGCCUUUUCCAUCUCCAACAUCCUCAGCGAUCGCUUCGGAGACGCACCCAAGCAGCAGCAGCAGCAGAAGCAGCCAGGAUCGGGUUCAGCCUCCCCCAACGUUUCGCUGGAGUCCCAGGCCGCUGCUGCCGCUGCGGCUGCCAGCAUUUUCCGCCCGUUCGAGGCCAGCCGGGCAGCCGCUGCCACGCCCUCCGCCUUUACGCGUGUGGAUCUGCUGGAGUUUAGCCGGCAGCAGCAGGCAGCCGCCGCGGCAGCCACCGCCGCCAUGAUGAUCGAGCGGGCAAACUUUCUCAACUGCUUCAACCCGGCCGCCUACCCGCGCAUCCACGAGGAGAUCGUCCAGAGCCGGUUGCGCCGCAGCGCCGCCAACACGGUGAUCCCCCCCGCCUCCAGCAAGAUGAGCGAACCCUGCGCCGAGAAGUCCGCCCUGGGAUCCCUCUGCAAGACCGUCUCGCAGAUCGGCCAGCCCACGAUGACCACGACGCUGCCGCCGCAGCUGAGCAGCUCCAGCAGCCUGGCCAACAAUCUGGCCAGUCCGCCGCCCGCCUCGAAUGCCUCCACCAUCAGCUCCAGCUCGACGGCGCCCAGCUGCUCCUCCUCCAGCUCCUCGGGCUGCUCCUCGGCCACCAGUUCGCUCAACUCCUCGCCCAGCAGCCGCCUGGGAGCAGCGGCCAAUGCCAGCAGCCCACAGCCCCAGCCGAUUCCACCACCCUCCGCCGUCAGUCGCGACUCUGGCAUGGAGUCCUCGGACGACACGCGCUCCGAGACGGGCUCCACGACCACCGAAGGCGGCAAGAACGAGAUGUGGCCCGCCUGGGUCUACUGCACCCGCUACAGCGAUCGUCCCAGCUCAGGACCCCGCUACAGGCGCCCCAAACAGCCAAAGGACAAGACCAAUGACGAGAAGCGUCCACGCACGGCGUUCUCCAGCGAGCAAUUGGCACGCCUCAAGCGCGAGUUCAAUGAGAAUCGCUAUCUGACGGAACGGCGUCGCCAGCAGCUGAGCGGCGAACUGGGCCUGAAUGAGGCGCAGAUCAAGAUCUGGUUCCAGAACAAGCGGGCCAAGAUCAAGAAGUCGAACGGCUCCAAGAACCCGCUGGCCCUGCAGCUGAUGGCCCAGGGGCUGUACAACCACACGACGGUGCCGCUGACCAAAGAGGAGGAGGAGCUCGAGAUGCGCAUGAACGGACAGAUACCCUAGGAAGGGAGCUAAGGGUCUGCUGCUGC